AUGCCUCCAAAGUUCGAUCCAAAUGAAAUCAAGUACCUUUACAUGAGAGCCGUUGGUGGUGAAGUCGGUGCUUCAGCUUCUUUGGCCCCAAAGAUCGGUCCUCUUGGUUUAUCUCCAAAGAGAAUUGGUGACCAGAUUGCUAAGGCUACCAAGGAUUUCAAGGGAAUUAAGGUCACUGUUCAGCUGAAGAUUCAGAACAGACAGGCUGAGGUUUCUGUUGUUCCAUCUGCUUCAUCUCUUAUCAUCAGUGCCCUUAAGGAGCCACCAAGAGACAGAAAGAAAGACAAGAACAUCCAGCACUCUGGUAACUUGACUUUGGACCAAAUCUUUGAGAUUGCUAAGACCAUGAGCGAGAAGUCCUUCGGUAAGACGUUGGCUUCUGUCUCCAAGGAGAUCUUGGGAACUUGCCAGUCUAUUGGAUGUACCGUUGAUGGAAAGCCUCCACAUGAUGUCAUUGAGGCUAUCGAUGCCGGUGAAGUUGAUGGUAAGUUUUAA